AUGGAGCCCUCUGCAGACAGGCUGUCUAGGGCGGCAGCCCAGGGCCGUGUGCUUGAGGUGCGGGCCCUGCUGGAAGCGGGGGUUUCGCCCAACGCCCGGAACUCUUUCGGUCGCACCCCGAUUCAGGUGAUGAUGAUGGGCAGUGUCCAAGUAGCCAGCCUUCUUCUCUUCCACGGUGCGGAUCCGAACUGCGAGGACCCAGCCACCCUCUCCCGACCUGUGCACGACGCAGCGCGGGAGGGCUUCUUGGACACUCUCGUGGUGCUGCACCAGGCGGGGGCGCGGCUGGAUGUGCGUGACGCCUGGGGUCGUCUGCCGCUGGACCUGGCCCAGGAGCGGGGCCAUCACAGUGUCCUGCAGUAUCUGGCUGGGAGCACUCCCCAAUUCCGCAGCAUGGGGUCUGCUCAAGCGCCCCCAGACCCCUCGGACCAGCCUGGCUUUGCAAAACAAUAAAAUUAAACAAUGCUUUUAGAAA